AUGGAAGGGACCUCCCACCGCCGCCUCAUCCCCUUCUGCGUCUCCAUCCUCAUGGAGCCCAUCCUGAAGUUCAUCCCGCUGGCUGUGCUCUUUGGCAUCUUCCUCUACAUGGGGGUCACCUCCCUCUUUGGCAUCCAGCUCUUCGACCGCAUCCUGCUCUUGCUGAUGCCCCCCAAGUACCACCCUGACGAGCCCUACGUCACUCGGGUGAGGACCCGCCGGAUGCACCUCUUCACCUUCACGCAGAUUGUGGUGCUGGUGCUGCUCUGGGUGGUCAAGUCCAACCCGGCCUCGCUGGCGCUGCCCUUCGUCCUCAUCCUCACCGUGCCCCUGCGGCGCUUCCUGCUGCCCAAGAUCUUCAGCAACGUCGAGCUCAAAUGU